CUGAGGAGCCUCUGAAGCCUGCAGCUUCUGUUUGCCGUCCCUCCAUCAUGGGUGCGUUUAUUGCCAAGAUGCUGCUUCCUACAGUCAGCAGCCUGGUGUUCCUGCCUGCGGCCAGCGUGGCCGCCAAGAGGGGCUUCCACAUGGAGGCCAUGGUCUACUUCUUCACCAUGUUCUUCACCGCGAUCUAUCACGCAUGCGAUGGACCGGGCCUCUCCAUUCUGUGCUUCAUGAGAUACGACAUUCUGGAGUACUUCAGCGUUUACGGCACGGCUCUCUCUAUGUGGGUCACACUUAUAGCUCUGGGCGACUUUGAUGAACCCCAGCGUUCCACUAUAACCAUGUUUGGAGUGUUGACCGUCGCUGUGAGGAUCUACCAGGACCGCUGGGGCUACGGGAUCUACUCUGGACCGAUCGGAUCAGCCGUCUUCAUCAUCACUGUCAAAUGGCUGCAGAAGAUGAAGCAGCUGAGGGCGGUGUAUCCAGAGAAGAGCGUGUACACGCAGCAGGUCGGUCCGGGCUGCUGCUUCGGUGCUCUCGCUCUGAUGCUGCGUUUCUACUUUGAGGAGUGGGACUACGCCUAUGUCCACAGCUUCUACCAUCUGUCUCUGGCUGUGUCCUUCGUGCUGCUGCUGCCGAAGAAGAACCGCUAUGCAGGGACGGGACAAAACGCUGCUAAGCUCAGCUGCUUCUCUCUCUGCUGCUGCACCAUGUCCCCUGGUACCUCUAAAGAGAAGACAAGCCAAGAUAAGCCAAAGAAGAAGUCCUCUCGGACCGUGUGGACAGUCCCCACUGAGAAGCCAUGGACACGAGGCUGUAGCACCCCCACCCUGCCUCUUUACAACCCCCCACCUUCCACUCCUGUGAAAGGGACCAGCAUCAGCAAGCUCAAAGAGAUGAACGGCUGGAAGUGACCCCAAAAACACAAGUGUCAGUCAGUCUAACGUAGGAGGACUUCAUUCUGAAGAACAGGCGUAGAUCGUGGUCGGCUACGAGCGGGAAAUGGGAAAAUCACCAAAUAACUGUCAGCCAAAUGCUGAUAAACUUGUUAUGUGGCUGGUAAGUUAAUCUACUUCAGCAGGAAACCAACCAUCAUGUGGAAGUUCCUCUCCACUCCAAAACAUCCUUUUUGGCCAGUAGAAUAUUUAAGGUCAGCAGCGACGUUAGGAAUCCACCAGCCGCUGCAGCCAGCAGGUAAAGAAACAAGAGCACCCUGAUGUGCUUAUUAAAUCUGAGGGCAAGAGCAGAAGGCGAAUCGGGUCUCCGGUGCCCUCAAAGACCCGAUAAGGACACAGCUGUCUGAAGCACUUGUCCAAAGCUGAGGACAGGCAGCGUGCUACGAAAGAACACACACAGCACGAACAGGGAGACGGUGGCUGAGACAAGCCAGUAAAACUGACUGGAAAAUUUAUGAGAAGAACAAACAGGCAGAUGGUUUAUCUCUCCAAAAUAUAUAAAUUGUCUUUAGUAAUGUUCCUCAGGGGAGAGCCUUCGUCUGCUCGCCUCUGUCUGUCCGCCCUCCCCUCCUCUUUCUCUUUUCCGUCCCUCUCAGGGAAAGGAAGCACGCGGCUCAGUUCAGUUACGAGAAUUACAAGACUGUAAAGCACAUUUUACCGUUUUUAUACGUCCUCGAGGUGCCAAAUGUGUCAUGUGGAGCAUCAGACAGGGCGAGGGGAAGCGGCGGCCCAGACGUCAGUCUGUAACGACCGAAGCAUCAACAGGUGGACUCUUCUGUCUGUGAGCUCUGGUUCACUGACCGAGCAGCUU